AUGCCGGUGUCAGUUCGUGAGCUGCUUCUUGAUUUGCAUCGCCGCUUGCGCAUCAGCUUGAAGCAAAAUGACGGUGCGACCUUGCAAAUGAAGCUUGAGUCAGGUGUGUUGCAAGGCGGUGGAACUGGUCCGCGCAUAUUUCGCAUGGUCUACGAUGCGUGCAUCACACGGUGGCGUGAUGCCACUCGUGACAACGAUCUGAUAGUUAGCUACAACGGUCACAGCCUUUCGCUCAGCGCAGCUGCCUAUGCGGAUGACCUUAUUCGCAUUCAAUGUGGUAGCACCUUGAAACAACUUGAAGAUCGCACACUUGCGUGCACGCAUGCCUUGACUGUCGAGCUUCACCCCCGCAACUUGAAGUUGAAUGCGAGGAAGGGUGAAACACUGUCGUCUUGCAAAGGCAAGGGUGCUUACAACGCCGCGAGGCGUGCUUUCAGUGGUGAAUGGAAAGGCUACCCUGUCAAGCUUUGCGUCAAAUACCUUGGAGCGCAGUUGCAAGCAAAUGGCUCUUUGCAAGCGGAACUGCAGAAGCGGAUUGGUGCUGCAAGGUCCGGCUUUGCCCGCUUUUCGAAGCUGUUCAAGCGCAGAACCGUUCCUGUUGCCCGCAAAGUGCUGAUCUUCAAAGCUGUGGUGAACGAAGCUCUGCUGGCUGCGUUGGAGGUUCGCCCCGUGGGUUGCAGUGAGUGCCACACAUUAGAGCGAGCACGUGGGCUGCUGCUCAGACGUUUGUUUGGCAGGCAAGGGUUCGGUGCCGUCGCUGGUGAUGACAGACAUGAGUCCGUCACGGUUGAAUCGCUUAGACGGCGCGUGCAGCUUUCCACUGUUGCCUCUGAGCUGACCGUGCGCAGGUUAAUGUGGCUCCGCACUUCUUUGCUUGCUGAGCUUGAGCUUGCUGCAUUGUUCGGUGUCUGCGAUAAGCUUGCCGAUGCGGUCGACCUGCGUUCGGGCCUUCCGACGCAAAAGGCCCCACGUUUCUUGCAUAUUCUCUUCAAGGACCUGUCUCGCGUUCUGCCUUCGUUUACUGGGUUCAAAGCAGACUGGAAGCAGGAUUUCUUACGUGUACCAGUUGACACAAUCCAGCAAUUGCGCACUUGCACGGCUUUGGAAUCCAAUUCUGCAUCAGUUGUGGAUCCUGCUGUUGCUGCUGAACAAAUCGCAGAAAUUGAAGAAAACCAUCCUGGACCAGAGGAGUUGCAGCAGCUGAUGUGUGACAUUUGCGGCGAAGGCCCAUGGAAGAACACAAGGGCCCUGCGAGGUACUUCGGCACGCAUAGCCAUGCCGGGGUUGGACUUUCUUCCGGCAGUCGCGAGCCCUGCCGCAUCGCGGCCCUCGAAGCGCAGUCGACCAGAAGUCGGGCGCCCGAAGGGAUCGGCGGAACAGCAGGUUCAAGAGCUCAGCCAACAGAUGCAGAAGAUGUGUCAAGUCUUAGCCAGUCACGAUCACAGCCUUCGAGAGUUGGAAGCUUGGUCAACUCUGACCUGGUUGCUCGAUCAGAACAGCGAGCUCGCGAAGCAUUUGAUGGCUCACAUGGAUUCCUGGAAGCAGAAAGCACAGCAGGGGCAGCCUCAUCCGGACGGACCGGCCAGGCUCACCGUAGCAGCAGCUCUGGCGAAAUGGGUGCUAGACAGUCCUGAGCGCCGUGCUGCUUGUCCCCAGUUUGCGGAUGCUCAUGACAAGAUUGCAUCGAUUGAAGAGAUGAAGUCGAGCAUUCAGCUCGCUUUCGUGAAGCCAAUCAAGGACGGGCGCAUCUUUCUCAAAAUCAGGCCCCACUUGCAGAUGCGGGAUGCGUGGACAGAAGUCAGCGCAGUGCUGUCUGCAGUGGAUUUCGCUGAGGCAAAGGACACGGCGGCACCUCCUGGGCCAAUCAUUCGCAGUCUCACAAAGAGUGACAAGUAG